GUUAAAAAAGAAAAAUGUAAACACAGAAAAUUCAGUGAUUGACCAAGAAAAGUCCGUCGUCACGUCGUCUAAGUCCAGUAAAACCAAUCCAACUACUGACCAAACCACCGAUCCAAUCCCAAAUUCACCGGAAUAUGCCUUUCUCAACAUCCAACAUCCGCCGUGGCAGCUGGACACCACGCUCCCUCCUCCCUUUCUCCUCCUCCACCUCCCCUAAACCCAACCCCAAACACCCCACCCGCAAAUCACGCAAACCCACAACAAACUUCAUCCUCAACAACUUCCUCAUAAUCGGCCUCAUUUCAUCAAUUCUCUUCUUCCUUUUAAUCGUCUACACUUACGGCAUCCCCAAACCCAUUUCUUUUUCUUCUUCUUCUUCCCCUUCUCGUUUAACCAGAUCACGAAAACCGGCCUAUCGAAAACCCGCUUUUUCGAAAAACAGGACUAGUAGUUUAGGUGGUGUUGUGGAUUUGACUACGAAAGAUUUGUAUGAUAAGAUUGAGUUUAAGGAUGUUGCUGGUGGGCCAUGGACUCAAGGUUGGAGGGUUUCGUAUAAAGGGAAUGAAUGGGAUGAUGAAAAGUUGAAGAUUUUCGUUGUUCCGCAUUCGCAUAAUGAUCCCGGUUGGAAACUUACUGUUGAGGAGUAUUAUGAUAGACAAAGUAGACAUAUUUUGGAUACUAUUGUUGAUACUCUUACUAAGGAUGAAAGGAGGAAGUUUAUAUGGGAAGAGAUGUCUUACUUGGAAAGAUGGUGGAGGGAUGCAUCGGAUGUUAAAAGGGAGUCGUUGAUUAAGUUAUUGCAGAAUGGGCAGUUGGAGAUUGUUGGUGGUGGUUGGGUAAUGAAUGAUGAGGCCAAUUCACAUUACUUUGCGAUCAUUGAACAGAUGAUGGAGGGAAAUAUGUGGUUAAAUGAAACUAUGGGUGUGAUCCCAAAAAACUCAUGGGCAAUAGAUCCAUUUGGCUAUUCGUCAACCAUGGCAUAUCUUCUUAGGCGUAUGGGUUUUGAAAACAUGCUUAUACAGAGGACUCAUUAUGAACUGAAAAAAGAGUUGGCUUUACAUAAGAAUUUGGAAUAUGUUUGGAGACAAAGCUGGGAUUCUGAUGAAACAACUGAUAUUUUUGUUCACAUGAUGCCAUUUUAUUCUUAUGAUGUUCCACAUACGUGUGGGCCCGAGCCUGCAGUAUGUUGCCAGUUUGACUUUGCCAGAAUGUAUGGAUUUAUGUAUGAGCGGUGCCCUUGGGGACAGCAUCCAGAAGAGACAACACAAGAAAACGUAAAGGACAGAGCUCUUAAACUUCUGGAUCAGUACAAGAAGAAGUCGACCCUUUACCGGACCAAUACACUUCUUAUCCCUCUUGGAGAUGAUUUCCGUUACAUCAGCAUCGAUGAAGCAGAAGCUCAGUUUAGAAACUAUCAAAUGUUAUUUGAUUAUAUGAAUUCGAAUCCAGAGUUAAAUACAGAGGCGAAAUUUGGCACAUUAGAGGAUUAUUUCCGAACUUUAAGAGAAGAAUCUGAAAGAGUUAAUUAUUCACGUCCUGGUGAAUUCGGGUCAGGUCAGAUUGGCGGGUUUCCUUCGUUGUCGGGUGACUUCUUUACUUAUGCCGAUAGACAACAGGAUUACUGGAGCGGGUAUUAUGUUUCACGGCCUUUUUUCAAAUCCGUUGACCGUGUACUAGAGCAAACCCUACGGGCCACAGAAAUGACAAUGGUCUUCUUGCUAGGGUACUGCCAGAGAGCCCAAUGCGAAAAGCUGCCUACAAGUUUCACCCAUAAGUUAACAGCUGCAAGAAGGAACUUGGCUCUUUUUCAGCACCAUGAUGGUGUGACCGGCACAGCUAAAGAUCAUGUGGUUCAAGACUACGGAAUGCGUAUGCAUACUUCUUUACAAGACCUGCAAAUUUUUAUGUCCAAAGCUAUUGAGGUACUGCUAGGUAUCCAUCAUGAUAAAAAUGAUCAGAACCCAUCACAGUUUGAGCCAGCACAGGUACGAUCUAAAUAUGAUGCGCAACCAGUGCACCAUCCGGUUAGUGCCAAUCAGGGAACCGUGCAAUCAGUGGUCUUAUUUAAUUCUCUUGAGCAAACAAGAAACGAGAUUGUGAUGUUCAUAGUCGAGAGGCCUGAUGUAACUAUUCUAGACUCUAACUGGACAUGUGUUAAAAGCCAAAUUUCUCCCGAAUUGCAGCAUAACAAAAUGAAGCUGUUCACUGGAAGACAUAGAGUAUUCUGGAAAGCUUCAGUUCCUGCCAUGGGUUUGCAGACAUAUUAUAUUGCUAAUGGUUUUGUGGGAUGCGAGAAGGCCAAACCAGCCAAGUUGAAAAUUAUCUCAACUGCUAGCACCUUAUCAUGUCUUGCUCCAUAUAGUUGCUCAAAAGUGGAAGGUGAUUCAGUCCAGAUCAGAAAUUGGCAUCAUGCUCUUACCUUUAGUGCCACAUAUGGUUUAUUGCAGAAGGUGACUCAAACAAAAGGUGGGUCUCAAAAUGUUAUCGAUGAAGAGUUGGCUAUGUACAAUAGUCCUGAAAGCGGGGCCUACCUUUUUAAGCCAGGUGGCGAUGCAACACCAAUCACCCAAUCUGGCAGUGAUAUGGUAAUUUCUGAGGGAUUUCUGAUGCAGGAAGUCUUCACCAUGCCAAAAACAGGCUGGACCAAAACACCCGUUUCUCACAGCACACGCAUGUACAACUGUGAGGGCUCAAUGCAGGAGCUUUUGAUUGAGAAAGAGUAUCAUGUGGAGCUUAUCGGGGGUGAAUUCAAUGAUCAAGAAUUGGUUGUUAGAUAUAAGACGGAUAUAGAUAACAAGAGGAUUUUUUAUUCGGAUUUGAACGGCUUUCAGAUGAGUCGUAGAGAAACGUAUGAUAAGAUUCCUCUACAGGGAAAUUACUACCCGAUGCCAUCGCUUGCCUUCAUCCAAGAGUCUAAAGGGCAGCGAUUUUCUGUACACACCAGGCAGUCAUUGGGUGUCGCUAGCCCUAAAAAUGGACAGUUUGAGAUCAUGCUUGAUCGUCGGUUGUCACGAGAUGACGGUCGUGGUCUUGGCCAAGGAGUAACAGAUAACCGUCCAAUGAACGUAGUUUUCCAUCUCACUUUUGAAUCAAACAUAUCAUCAGUUCAUGAUCCCAUUACACACUCUGGGACCAUAAGUCCAUCUCUUUUCUCUCAUCGUGUUGGAGCCCACUUGAACCAUCCAUUGCAUGCAUAUAUUGCUAAAAAACCACAAGAAAUAUCGGUUCAACCUCCCCCGAGGUCUUUCUCGCCCUUAACAGCUCCAUUGCCCUGUGAUUUGCACAUUGUAAGCCUUAAGAUCCCAAGACCGUUAAAAUACACACAGCAGAAUGCUGAAGAACCUCGGUCUGUUUUAAUUUUCCAGAGAAGGCACUGGGAUUCAUCGUACUGUCGAAAAGGAAAGUCAGAUUGUUCAAGGAUAGAUGACAAACCAUUGAAUCUGUUGAACAUGUUUCAAGGUCUUGAUGUUUUAAAUGCAAAAGCUACUUCACUAAACCUUAUGCAUGAUGAUACAGAGCUGCUUGGAUACAGUGAGCAGUCUGCAGAUGUUUCUCAAGGACGGGUCCUUAUAUCCCCUAUGGAACUGCAGGCUUACAAGUUCAAUUUACGGCCUGUUUCCAGUUAGGCCAACAUGGCAUUCAUUUGCAAUUGAUGACCAUACAAUGAGGAAAGCAUGUGACUUUAUUGACCGUUGAGCCCAAAGGACACCAAGUGAGCUGAUAGAUACAAGCAAGCAUAUUUCUUUUGGUGACAAUGUGGCUUUUCUGAACUUCCCAAAAGAUAUGGGAUUUAGUUGGUUCUGUGGGAAGGUUUGUAAGGUAGUGUUGCAUAGGUAAAGUUGUAGCUCAAGAGAUGAUAGACAAGAUGAGGAACAGAUUAAUAUUAAACUGCUGAGGUUUUGGUUUUUGUUCUCUUUGAUUUUGUUUAUGUACACGGAAAACAGUUUGUGUUCUGUAUACUUUCUAACAUAUCAAAAAUGAUAGUUUAUAGUA